UUUCCGAAACAAAUAAACCAAACUCAACCUCCGCCAUUUUCCCCUCCAGCUUUCCAAUAUGACCGGAGAACACAGUCCGCCGCCGCCGCCGCCAGGUCCCGAUGAUCUGAAAUCCCCGCUUCUCCCACUUCACGAACCGAUCCGACGAACACAGUGCAGGGUGAAUUCCAUAUUCACGCCGCAAAAUUUCUAUGUUGUACUGGGUCCCCUACUGGCUCUGCUCGUCAGCUUGUUCGUGAAGUUUGACGGAGCUAAGGCUAACAGCGGGAAGAUGCUGGCCGUGAUCGCGUGGGUGUUCGCGUGGUGGUUGACGGAGGCGGUGCCGCUUCCGGUGACCUCCAUGUGCCCACUCUUUCUCUUCCCUCUCUUCGGGAUAGCUUCGGCCGAUAGUGUGGCCCACUCGUACAUGGGCGACGUGAUUACUCUCGUUCUCGGAAGCUUCAUUCUUGCUCUCGCCGUCGAACGCUACAACGUACACAGAAGACUGGCCUUGAAGGUGACGAUGGUGUUCUGCGGCGAACCUCUGAAUCCGCCACUAUUGUUAUUAGGACUGUGCGCGACGACAUUCUUUGUCAGCAUGUGGAUGCACAACGUGGCGUCGGCGGUGAUGAUGAUGCCGGUGGCCACGGGGAUCCUGCAGAGGAUGCCGCCGAAGGAGGAGCAGUCGGCCGCCGUCAACAAGUUCUGCAGGGCGGUGGUGCUGGCGGUGGUGUACGCGACGCCGAUCGGAGGGACCAGCACGCUGACGGGGACAGGUGUCAACCUCAUACUGGUGGGGAUGUGGAAGAGCCUCGCCCCGGGGGCUAAGCCAAUCAGCUUCAACAAUUGGUUCUUCUUCGGAUUCCCUGUAGCCAUUCUCAUCCUGUUCUCCUUCUGGUCAAUCCUAUGCUUGCUCUAUGUCCAGAGAGGCUCGGGUCGGGCGUUGGCUCCGUACUUGGAUAAAACCCACUUGAAGAGGGACCUAGAAGCCCUGGGCCCGAUGAAUUUUGCUGAGAAGAUGGUGCUGAGCAUCUUUGGGUUGCUGAUAAUCCUGUGGAUGACGAGGAGGAUCACAGACGACAUUCCUGGAUGGGGAGCUCUCUUCGAUGGUCUCGUCGGAGAUGGCAGCGUCAGUGUUCUGGUGGCAGUGUUAAUGUUCAUAAUACCAAACAAGAAGGGAGAAGGAGAGAAGCUGAUGGACUGGAACGAAUGCAAGAAGCUGCCAUGGAAGCUGAUCUUACUUCUGGGAGCCGGCUUCGCCUUAGCCGACGGCGUACAAUCCAGCGGCUUAGCCGACGUGCUGUCCGGCGCUCUGAGUUUCUUGGAAGACGCGCCGUAUUGGGCCAUAGCUCCGCUGGUGAGCCUGAUGAGCAGCAUCAUAACGGAGUUCAUAACGUCCAACGACGCCACGGCGACGUUGCUGGUCCCAUUGCUUUACCACAUCGCACGCACCAUGCACGUGCACCCGCUCCUGAUGAUGGUUCCCGGCGCCAUGGCCACCGAGUUCGCCUACUGGCUCCCGACAUCCACCCCCUCCAACGUCGUAGGUUUCGCCACCGGUUACAUUGACAUCCAAGACAUGCUCAAGAUCGGUGUCCCUCUUAAGGUUGCCGGCAUCGCUGUCCUCUCCUUGCUCAUGCCCACUUUAGGAGCACUUGUUUUCGGAACAUCUGAUGGCAGUCAGUGGAACGACGUCAUAGAAUCUCGUUGGAUGUCGCGAACUUGAUUACGCCUCUUUUUCCUUCCUGAUGCUCCCAGAACGGUCUUCGGUGAAUAAAUUUUGAGGGCGUUGAUCAUUUCCACAGAAGAUUCUUUAUCCAAGAGAUGAAGAGAAGCUCAGAGUGUACAUGGAGUGGCAUUAUAGUGCCAGAUUAUAUUCAGGCAAGUACAAAUACCAUCUUGUAAUAUAUGCCAUAUCAGCCGGAGAUGUUCAUCCGUUAUCUGUUGUGUUGUAUUUUCCUCCACAAAUAUUAAUGAAUGAGAAGUGUUUUAUAGUUUAAGAGUUAUUCAAUGGAUUUUGUUCUGUUGAUUCAAACAUAGCUUCCACUUUUUUGUUA